CGCCUCCGCCUUUCCCCUUGUUUCCAGCUGCCUCCCCUUGCAGCUUGGUGCCCCUUUUUGCAAUGCCCCGGAAAUGGCGACCCUGCAGCGCCCACCCCACGCCUCCCAAGGAUGCUGCUGGUUCCCGCCAGCCCCGGCCAAGGAUGCAAGUUGGCGUCUAGCAAACACCUGGGGGAGACCACGGACCCGCCAUCCUCCCCGCCUUGCCGGGUGGUCCUUCCUGAGGGUCAGGCGGACAAAAGCCCUCGUCCCCAAGCAGCCCCGGUGGCGCAGCAGGAGGCGGAGGCUUGUGGAAAGUGACUUGUUGGCCCUCCCGCCGGCCGUGGGAAUAUCUUCCGCCACCGUGGGAAAAUGGGCUUUGAAUUUCCCACGCGCACUGGAUGAUGGAUCUUUACAGCUUGGGGGUUUUGGGGCGGGGGGGAUCUGGCGGGUUAAAUCGAGGCGGGCAGAAAACCGGGUUUGGGGUAGCGCAAGAUGAUCAGAAAGCAGAGAAGCCUUUGGCGUUUCAGGUGGUGUUGGGAGCCCAUGUCCUUGGUCAAACGUCCUGGUUCUAGACUAUAGCUGGGCUUUGGGACAGGAGGCACGGGCGGCCUGCGAAAGGUUCACACACACACACACCCGUAGGGUAAGACCUGUAGUCUUGCUCAAUGCAAUGAAUGGCCUUACCACUUCUGGUGUGACUAUCUCCACUCCUGAGUUUCUCAAACUUGGGCCUUCAAUUUUUAGACUACAACUCCCAUUAUCCCUGACCCCAACCACUGGUCCUGCUAGCUAGAGAUGCUGUAGUCCAACAGCAGCUGGGGAGACCCAAGUUUGGGAAACAAUGUCCGAAGCCUUGACUCUGGGACUGGGAAUCAUCCCUGCAACUCCAACGCUUGGCGUGACAUAAACAAUGAAACCUGUGUGUCUUCCCUCAAAGGGCAGAGUUGGGUUGACUGCAAAUUCCAGCGGCCUACCAAGGCUCCUCAACAUGUGUGGACCCUGGCCAAAAAACAAGGCGCUAGUUCUGGUUUUUGUUUUGCUGGGCACACCUCUUUUGCUGAAGUUAUACUGUUCCAUUUUGAACUGUUUUAUUAUUCCAUUAAUUUUAUCUGUUUUCAUAGUUGUAUAUAUAUAGUCUGUUGCUCUAGCCCACUCAUGGGGACUUGUGGUGAAGCAUGGGCAAUAAGUUUCAUAAAUAUAUGUAAUCUAAUUUUAGGCAAUUGUCCCAUCUUUCCCUCAGGGAACAGCCCCUCUCCUCAGCCUAGGAAUAUUGCAUUCCACCUGCGACGAUUAAUAAGGGUGAGAAACCCACCCAUCAUCUCAUCAAGCCUGUUCAUCUUAACUAGGAGUGCCAUUUAAGUUCCCCACCUCCAUCCUUUGAGGGGACGAAAUGGCUGCUGAAAAGGGAGAUGCAUCAGGGCUGGCUCUGCCGCUCCAAACAACGAUUGAGCAAGGAUUGAAAAUGGAGGAACCGGAGCUUGCAGACCCUGGGCCAAGGAAUGGUGCGGAAAACAGCCCUUGUGCCGUCUGUGUGGGGAGUUGUGGGGAUUUCAAGGAAAUAACCAUUUUGGAUGAGAUGAAGCAGGAACUUCCUAAGCAGCUGCAGGAGUGCUGGGAGGCUCAGCUACAGGAAUUUAUCAAAAGGGUCGAGUUGCCCUGUUCAGAAUGGAAACACCUACAAUUGCCGGGGGCCGCACCAGCUGAUACUAAGGCUUUUCUGUCCACCUCUGAAGGAGCAGCCCACGCCAUUGACGAGCCUGGAGCUGCGGGGCGGUUAUCCCAGCUCCUGCCAGGCCUUGGCAAAGACGCCAAACAGUCAGACAAAGCUGAGGCAAAUGGCAUGAGGGUGAAAGAGGAAGACUUGGAGGAGGGGGACUCCGCCAUCUUGGACGCAGAGGCGAAGCGACGACGCUUCAGGCGGUUCGACUAUCCGGAGGCCGAUGGCCCCCGAGAGGCCUGCGGGCAGCUCUGGCAGCUUUGCCGCCAGUGGCUGAAGCCAGAAAGGCACACGAAGGAGCAGAUCCUGGAGCUGGUGAUCCUGGAGCAGUUUCUGUCUAUCCUGCCCCAAGAACUCCAGAAAUGGGUGAGGGAUGGUGCACCACAAACCUGUUCCCAGGCCGUGUCCCUGGCAGAGGAUUUCCUGAGGCGGCAGCAGGACGUUCAGGGACCAGGGCCAUUCAAGGUGGCAGCCAUACAUUGCGCAGAGGCAGAGAGUGACGGUCCAUCGGAUGCCUGGCAGAAACCACCCUGCAGAGAACUCAGCCAGAAGGUUGAUGGUGAUGCCAGCUCCCCAGUUCUAGGAGAAGAUAGGAAGCGUCACGCAAAUGAGCGAAACCAGACAGAGCACCCUGAGGAUAAAGAAUCACAUCACAAGUUGCCAGGAAGAGGCCAAAUAAAUGUUUCCUGCGGCCUCGACCAGGAAGCAACAUUUGCACAAUGGCAAGAAAGCUGCUCGGAGGCUGCAGAGGGCAGUCGCCUUCAUGGCGGACACCCAGAUCAUGAAAUCUUGCAGCCAGAAGGGAAGCGGUGCGCGUGCUCUUUCUGCGGGAAAAGCUUCAGCCAGAGGUCGACUCUCACCAUCCACGAAAGGACCCACACGGGGGAGAAGCCCUUCGAGUGCCCGGCUUGUGGGAAAGGCUUCAGCCACCGCUCAAACCUCAUCGCCCACAGAACGGUCCACACAGGUGGCAGGCCGUACGGAUGCCCCGACUGCGGGGACGCCUUCCGCCACAGGUCACACCUCAUUGCGCACAGGAGGACCCACACGGGCGAGAGGCCCCACAAGUGUUCCGACUGUGGGAAGAGCUUCGGCCAGAGGUCGACGCUCACGGUGCACGAGCGGACGCACACGGGCGAGAAGCCGUACCGGUGCGCCGACUGUGGGAAAAGCUUCAGCCAGAGGUCCAUCCUGAUCGCGCACGCCAGGACCCACACGGGUGAGAGGCCCUUCAAGUGCUCGGACUGCGGGAAGGGCUUCAAGCAGGUCUCGGCGCUGACGGCGCACGCCCGCAGCCACACCGGGGAGAGGCCGUACCACUGCCCAGACUGCGGGAAAAGCUUCACGCGCAGCUCGCUGCUCGCCAAGCACAGAAGGACGCACACAGGAGAAAAGCCCUACACCUGUGCACACUGUGGGAAAUGCUUCCGUCAGCGGUCACAGCUGGUUAGCCAUGAGAGGACCCAUGCCAGCGCUUAGAGCACGGAGGGUGCGUGAGCACAUUGGGAGAACCCGGAAAAGGAGAGCUGGCCAACGAUUUUGGCAAAAAAACAAGCCUAGAGUACGGGCGGCGGGACUGGGGGGGACCUUUGGCCCUGCAUGUGAGAGGAAGGAGCCAGCAAUAAAUCAUACUGAGCAAC